UGCACGCGUCGUCGAUAAAAUGUCGUCAUUUUUCUGACCAACUCUAUAGAAAUGUCGUCAUUUGAUUGCCAUGGUAAGUAAGCAACCUCACACAACUUUCUAUCUAUCUCCAUUAACACUUCGCCACCACCAUACAAAUAGUAGCUGCAGGGGAUCGAUGGAUGGAAACACAAGAAAUUGAUUAAAGCUAAGGUGAUCAUAUUCUUUCCAGUUUUUAUGUUCUUUGAUCAGAUAUGGAGUUCAAUUCAUUGCCGGAAGAUUGUCUUUCCUACGUUAUAUCAUUGACGUCUCCUCGAGAUGCUUGUAGAUUAGCUUUGGUUUCUUCUUUCUUCAAAUUGGCUUCGCAAUCUGAUACUGUGUGGGAGAAAUUUCUUCCUUCUGAUUUUCUCCAAAUCCUCUCCAGAUCUGUUUUUUCAAUCCCCUUCUCUUCCAAGAAACAACUCUACUUCAACCUCUGUAAUCCAGUUCUGCUCGACGGUGGCAAAAAGAUUUUCAAGUUAGAGAAAUCAACUUCCAGGAAAUGCUAUACUUUGUUAGCAAGAGAGCUUUCAAUUACUUGGGGGAGCAAUCCAUUAUACUGGACUUGGAAAUGUCCACCUCAUUCUCAAUCAAGGUUUUCAGAAGUGGCUGAGCUCAGGACUAUAUGGUGGUUAGAAAUCCAGGGCAAGAUCGCUGCUUCCAUGUUAUCUCCCAAAACAACCUAUGCAGCUUAUCUGAUAGUGAAAUUCGCUGAUCGUGCUUACGGCCUUGAUACGCUUCCAUCGGAGACAUCAAUUCAAACUAGUAGCUAUCAGUGGAGAGGUACAGCUUACUUGCGUUUUGGUGAUGAACAGAAGAGGUCCUUGGAACAGCUUUAUUUUUCGAAUCGAAUUCAAGUACUGAGGUCGAGGGUUGGGAAAGAGGAAGAGCAUGUUCCUCGUGAAAGAAGUGAUGGAUGGAUGGAGGUUGAGCUGGGAGAGUUCUUCAAUAGUGGGGUUGAGGGGGACGUGAAGAUGGGUUUGAAGGAAGUGAAGGGUCAUCACCUUAAAGGGGGGCUUAUUGUCCAAGGGAUCGAGAUUCGACCCAAGUUUUCUUCUUCGAUUGUUUCCUGUACAAAUUCAUGGAAAUGAUAUUCUCACCGUCACAAUAUUUUUAAUUUUUUGUUUUUGUUUU